AUGGAUUCUUCAUCUCUAUUACCAAAAUUUUUAGAUAUGGAUCUAACAAUAUCACAUAUAGAAUGUCUUCCCAAGGAUAUUCUGGUGAAAUUUAAAGGCAGGCAUAAUACUGAAUGCGAGUUUGACUACCACAUUUUGCAAAGGGAAUUACAGUGUAUACCAAAAGUAAAAACUAAUGUGGACAUUGAUGAAUUUUGUUUGGUAGAAGAAAGAAUUUCUGGAGAAUGGCAAAGAGGAAGAGUUACUGAAAAGAAAAAUGAACUCUGUACAGUGCUCCUCAUAGAUUCUGGAGAAGAACUAAGAGUUAGUAGUUCGCAGAUUGCUUCAGCCUGUGGCAACUUAUUUGAGCUCCCACCCCGGGUAGUAUUUGGUAUUUUUGCCAACAUACUACCAUUAGGGGAGAAAUGGUCUCCUAAGGCUUUGAAUUAUUUCAGGUCAUUAGUAGGACUACAACUGAAAGGUUACGCACAAGUUAUUUUGCCUCUGCAAAUGAUUCUUCUUGAAGUGCCCAAAAUUAUAACCCAGGUUCUUGAAUUACAAUUAGGAAGAUUUAUUGAUGGGGAUUCAUUUCAUCUUAUUGUGGAAAUGUUAAAAGAAUUCCCCCAACGAAUGCCAGAUUUAUUACAACAACAUAAAAGACCAGAAUUGUCAUUAAGUCAUAAUGAUACUUUAGUUGAUAUUCAGCACAUUCUGGAUAGUUUGCAGCCAUCUUUGUCAGUAGGCAAUAUUGAAAGUGUAAAGGUAUCCUCUGCAUUAAGCCCAAGUAAAUUUUACUGUCAAUUAAUUAAAUGGAUUCCAGAGCUAGAAAACUUAACAAUGUCUAUGACUUUGCAUUAUGACAUUAUCAGUGAAGAAAUGAGUAGUACAUGUGAUAAUUUUGGACUCCUUUGUGUUGCCAAAAGGAGAAAUGGACAGUGGCAUAGAGGAAUCCUUCAGCAACUCUUGCCCAAUGAUCAAGUAAAAAUUUGGUUUAUGGAUUAUGGCAGUAGUGAGGCUAUACCCUCAAUUUAUAUAAAGAAACUUAAACAGGAUUUUAUUUUAGUACCAUUAUUUUCAUUUCCAUGCUCUCUGACAUAUUUACACAGUUCAGAUAGAGAUGCAAGAAAAUUUCAAUUGAAUGUCUUUAAACAAGCCUUGUUAGGAAAAAGAGUAUACGCACACAUUGAUUGGUUCAAUAAAGACGAACGUUUAUAUUAUGUGACAUUACAAACCCAAGAUUCUACAAUUAAUUCUAAGUGUUUGCUGAAGACAGCAGGCAUACAAGUACUUUGUCCAGUGUCUGAUUUAAAAAUCUCUAGUAUGUUGAAAGAGAUGAGUGCUACUGACCUAAACAGCUUUGCAGUUGGGACUUUUUGUGGAAAUAUUGAACGGUCAAUAGUCUCUCUAAGUGAAAAAGACAUUUUGAAAGUAGGUUUUCCUAUUAAAACUGUAGAAAUGGAGAUAGGGGCUGCCUACAUAGCUUUUGUAGUAUAUGUAUUAAACCCUUCAAAUUUCUGGGUAUGCACUAAUGAUCAUCAGAAUGAAUUUCAAGAUAUAAUGAAAAAUAUAAAUAAAUGUUAUGAUUUGUGUGAAAAUGAUGAGCUGAUUCUAAGAAAUCCAGAACCUGGCUUAUUUUGUUGUGCUCGAUAUAGUAAGGAUGGACAUUUUUACAGAGCCAUUAUUACUGAAAUUAAUGGUUACAAGAUUAAUGUUUAUUUUUUGGAUUAUGGAAAUACUGAUUCCAUACCGUUUUUUGAUGUAAAAAUUUUGCUUCCAGAGUUUUGUGAGUUUCCUGCCUUAGCUAUGUGCUGUUCACUUGCACAGACAUUUCCUGUUGAAGAUUUAUGGGUGAAGGCAGCCACUGAUUAUUUUAAAAAAAUUGUUUUGAACAAAGAAAUUUUACUUGAAGUUGUGGCCAAAAAAGAUGAUAAGUAUACUGUUAAUAUUCAGAGUAUUGAAGCCUCAGAAAAUAUUGAUGUUGUUUCUCUUAUGUUACAAGCUGGAUAUGCAGAAUAUUGGGACAUAGAACCAGGGUGUUACUCAGAGUCCAUAAAUGAAUAUUCAUUGUUAAAUUUAAAAUCCAAAAACAAAGUAAAUAUUAAGAAGGUCAUAUCUGCCCUUCUUAAAGGACCUAGACCUAAAAAGUAUUAUUCAAAUAAGCUGGAAGAAGAUAACUUGUCUUCGUCAAAGUCACCAGCUUUUAAUUUCUCAGAUUUAAAAAAUCCUUUCACUUCAUCUAGGGGAACUGAGUCACCACAACCAUAUAAAGAAUAUAUGUUUAAACCAGGAUCAGUCCUUGAAGUUAAAUGUUCUUAUUACUAUGGCCCAGGUAACUUUUUGUGCCAGCUCCAGUGUAAUUCAGAAGACCUAAAGAUAUUAAUGGAACAAAUUCAGCAUUAUUAUAGCAUUCAUUCUGAUCCUUAUCAGAUUGGGCAAGUUGCUUGUGUUGCUAGGUUUUCCAAAGAUGGGAAGUGGUAUAGAGCUGCUGUUUUGACUCAUGUAUCAAAAAAAGAAGUUGAUGUAAUGUUUGUUGACUAUGGUUACCAGGAAAGAGUUUUAAUUAAAGAUCUUUGUGCUAUUAACCCACGUUUUCUCUCUUUAGAAUGUCAGGCCUUCAGAUGUAGUCUUAACCAUUUAGUUGAGCCCAUUAGUUGUAACUUAUUCAACUGGACAAGAGAGGCAUGCAGAGACUUUGGGAAUUUUAUUUCCUCAUCUAGAGGAUUAUUGACUUGUAUCAUCUAUGCCUUAGUUCUUAUAUAUCCAAACUGUGUAUGUAAUUUGGUGGAUUUACAAGCCCCAUUUACUAGUGCAAAAGAAUUUCUUAUUAAUCAUGGCUCUGCACAGUAUAGCACAUUAUCAAAGCCAUUCCCAUGUUCAGUUAAUCUUUACAGUUACUUCUAUUCUUCAUUUAAUAUAACAGUUGGAAGUGAAGAAGAAGUAUAUAUAUCAUACAUAUAUAGUCCCAAAAAGUUUUACUGUCAACUUAGUAGAAACAAUAAAGAUCUUGAGAUGAUAGGCACAAAAAUAACAGAGUUUAGUAACCAAAAUAAUUGUCCAAAAUAUGAUUCUAGUAAAAUGAGACUGUGUCUAUCUAAGUAUGUGGAGGAUGGUCUCUCAUAUAGAGCUUUAGCAAUGCCAACAGAGUCAUCAUCUGCCUUUCUGGUCUACUUUGUAGACUUUGGAAAUAAGCAGUUAGUAGAGGGAAAUACAUUGAGGGCUAUUUCAGAUCAGUUUCCAGAACUACUCUUCACACCUAUGCAAGCUAUUAAGUGUUUUUUGUCAGAUCUCAGAGACGUAGAUUUUCCAGCAGAAAUCAGUAGUUGGUUUGAAGACAAUUUCUUGGGUAAACCAUUAAAGGCAGUAGUAUUGUCCAAGGAGUUAGAUGGCCAGCUCGGUAUAGAAUUGUAUGAUGGAUAUCAACAUAUAAAUCAGAAAAUUAAAAUGUUGCUUCAUGCUUAUGGAAAAAAACUUGGUGACCAAGCAGAUUGUGUGGAAAGAGGUCAUAAAAUAAAUGAGAAUGAGAGUUUUGCUGCUUCUUUCAAAGGCAAAAUAGGAAACAGCCAUCAUUAUAAUAUGAUGAAUAAAAAUAGUCUAGCCAAAUAUUCUGAAAAUCAAGUAGAUCAGUUAAUGAAUCCCAAAAGUAUAUAUGCUAGGUUUUUAAAACCAUCAGUUUAUUAUAAAAUUGAACCUGUGUCAGAAAACGAAGUGAAGAAGUCUUUGAAUGAGGGACUUAAAAAUAAAUGUAUAAAAAUUGUCCCUGGAUCCACACAUAUUCUUGAUGAAAAUAAUAUGAGCCAGAAAUCAGUAGGGCUUAUAUCACAAUCUUUUAUCAGAGAAUUAAAUCAAGUUGCUCCACAAAAACCCUUUAAGCUUACUAGACCACAGAUCAAAGACCUUCCUCAACCCAAAAUUUACUUGAAUACCAUAGUUAAAGGGUAUAUUUCCAGUAUCAGUAAUCCAGCAAGUUUCCAUAUUCAGCUUGCAGAGAAUGAAAAUUUAAUCAUCAGACUUGCAGAUGCUCUAAAUGAAAGAAGAACAAAUAUAGAGAAAAAGAGAAAAUUAGUUAGACCCCUGGUGGGAGAUCUUGUAGUUGCAGAAUACUCAGGUGAUGGUGCCAUUUACAGAGCAGUUAUUAAAAAAAAUUUGCCAGGAAAUUCUUUUGAAGUGGAAUUUAUUGACUAUGGUAACACGGCAAUAGUAAACACAUCUAAAAUCUAUGAAUUUAAGAGGGAAUUCGUAACUAUUCCUAAGCUAGGGAUCCAUUCUUUUCUUAGUGGAGUAAAAUGGAAUGAGCCUGAUGAAAUAUGGGACAGCAAAACUGUGGAUUAUUUUGCUUCAAGAGUAAGUAACAAAACAGUUUCUUGUGAAUUUUUGAAAAAGCAUGAGCAUAAAUGGGAAGUAAAUAUAAUUUGUGAUAAAAAAUGUAUCACUAAUGAACUACUGAAAUGGACAGCAUGUUCAAAACUACAGAAAACUGUAUCGAAAAUGCCUAAGGUAGUCUCUCAAAAAGUGAGCCCUGGUGGCAAUAAUGAAAUGAAGAAAGGAGGAUCAAAUGAAUAUGAAAGUUCUGUGAUCCUUAGACAGUCAUACCCACAGCUGGUUAAAAUUCCUUUUGAAGAGUUAAAACCUGGACAACUUGAAAAGGCUGAAAUACUUCAUGUUUCAGAAAGAGGGAGAUUUUAUGUGAAAUUAUCUAAAAAUAAAAAAAUAUUAUCAGAUUUAACAUUAUUAAUUACUAAAGAAGUAAAAAAACUCUCUUUUUUGUCAAUGGAUAACAUUGAAAAAGGCUUAGAAUGCUUGGCAAAAUCUAAAAAGACUUUGAUGUGGUAUCGAUCAAAAGUGGAAAAAAUGUGUGUUGAUGAGAAACUGCUUGUUUUUUUAGUAGAUCAUGGUAGGUAUGAAAUAGUGCCUUUAUGUAAUACCAGGAUGCUUAGUAAUGAAAUCAGAAAUGUUCCAAGACAAGCAGUGCCAUGUAAAUGGAUUUGGUAUGAAAAUUCUAGGAACAUGUCAUUUGAGUCCAUGGUGUAUUUUUUUGCCCAUUUGGAACUAAACAUCCUUUUCUUGAAAUGUUUGGAAUCUACUUGGGAAGUGGAAAUCCUGGUAGAUGGCCUGUUACUUUUGGAAUAUUUAAAUUUAAAUACAGUUCACAUUGAAGAAAACAAACUUGUAUCUUCAGAAAUUAUUUCUGACUUGGAAUACAAGACUCCUAUAUCACCAUGUACAAUAAAAUCAUUUACUUGGGCACAGCUCCCAAAUGGUAGGCAAUAUUCUGGUAUUGCCACUGCUGUUUCUGAUCCAUCUGACUUUUGUAUUCAAUUAGAAGAUUUCUUUGAUAUCAUGAAAUCUCUCUUUAUGUUGCUUUCUGAUCUACCAGAAAACUUACAGACACUGCCUCAAGAGCUUAUAAUUCCUGGUGUUAGCUGUUUGUUCAGAUAUGAUUUGGAAGAUCAGUGGAAUAGAGUAGAAAUUUCUGAAGUCUCUGCUCAGUCUGUACGUCUUAUGAUGAUUGACUAUGGAUUUUCUAUUUACGUAUCUUAUUCAGAUAUAGUAAAUCUUAAAGUUGUUCCUGAGGAACUUUUGAAUUUGCCAAGACUAAGUUAUCCUUGUAUAUUAUACGGUAUUUUACCAGCUAAAGGGAAACAUUGGAAUGAAGAAGCCAAAAGUUUUUUUCAAGAUUUCCUAAGUAAACCAGGCUUAAUUUUUCAGUUUAUGGAGUAUAGUUUUGAGACAAAACUUAAAGUGGAUAUUAUUUACGAGAAAAAUAAUUUGGCAGAUAUGUUGGUUGCAUCUGGUCUUGCAAAGUAUUCUAAAGAUUCAGCUCUUCUUGAUGCAAUUACUACUACUGGGUCUACUGAAAUCCAAUAUAAGUUACAAAGUAAGCCUAUUUGUCCAUUGUUAGAUCAAAAUUGUUACAAAAAAGAAAAUAUAAAUUUUACAUGCACUGUAAAACAGAAGGUACAAAAGCAGAAACCUAUACGGAAGAAAGAUGUCUGUAAGACCCUCUUAAAGAAAAGCCAUAUUUCUAAAAGGUUGCAUUCUAGAAAUUUAACAUUGAAGAAGAAAGUUGGCAGUGGAAAACAUAAUCUCCAGAGUACUGUUACAUCUGAUACAUAUGCAGCAACUUCAUUUUGGAAACUACCUAAUGGUUUGAAGAAUAAUGCCAGUUGUAUUGAAAAUAUUUUUGAAAAACUACCAACUGAGGGAACACAGGAGAAAAGUGACACAAUGGACUUGAGAACAGCAGUGAAAGUAUUGAAUGUUAAGGAAAAAAAUAUAUCAGAAAAACAUUUUAAAAGUAAGUAG